AUGUCGUACGCCCCGCCUUACGGAGGAGACCCAUACGGCCGCCCACCCGCGGACCCCUACGGUCGUCCCCCAUCAGACGCACCACCAUACCAACAGCCCUACGCACCCUACGGUGCACCACCCGCAGAUCCGUAUGCUCGACCCCCUUCAGACAGACCACCCUAUGAGCGAAGCCCCUACAGCGCCCCUCCACCAGGCGCCCGCCCCCCGCAGAACCCCCCGCCUCCACUGCCAGCCGGCUGGCACCAGGAAUGGGAGCCAAGCACCCGUCGCGCUUUCUGGGUAGAGGACGCUACUGGCCGUUCCCAGUGGGAGAUGCCUUAUGCUCAGCCCGCCUACUCCGGUUACGAUGAUGGUUCCCGCAGUGUUCCUCCCCCCGGGCCGCCUCAGGGUGGUUAUUAUGCGCCACCUGCCGGCCCUCCUCCUGUCAACUAUGAUAGCCGUCCUCCGGGUGGUGGUUAUUAUGAUCAGCAACAGGCCGCUCCGGAGAAGAAGAGUAGCAACACUGGCAAGUACCUUGCUAUGGGUGCUGCUGGUCUUGCUGUUGGUGGUCUUGCUGGUGCCUUCCUUGAACAUGAGCAUGAUGAGGAUGAGGAGCGCUCUGACAUCGAGGAGGCAUAUGAAGAUGGUCGUCGUGAUGAGGCCUAUGAGGAUGACUAUGGCAGCGACUAA